UUGCUCAGGGUGCUUUCAGACCAACUGGGUGAUCACAGGAAUACAACAGAACAACAGCUGACAGGGUAAUGUUACAAAAAUGCGCUGCAACUUUACUUAAUGCUGUGCAUACAUACAAAUCCAGCAGAAAGUUGGAAAUGCUUUUAGCACUGUUUCAAACUCUGAAGAAGCAGCAUGCCCAAGCUCCAGUUAUUUUCUAUUUGAUUAGGAGCCUCACUUCCUUAGAUUCUUAACAAUUCCCUAUGAGACUUGCAUGGUAUUUCCACAGGAGCAGUAAAAGACUCAUUUUUAAGUUCCCAGAAGCUUUCUUGCCUGCCAAUCCAUAAUAGACCUCAGUUUCAGUUUUCUCUUUGCCAUUUUGGAAAUAAAGUUAAACAAACACAAAGAAAACCAAACAAUAGCUUACCCACAGACAGUGAGUAGUGCUAAAAAGCAUCAAAUAGAAUUUUGUUACAUUCUGUACUUGCUCUUUGCAAAUUCAAUGCCAGUAGACCUUAAGAUCUCAGACCCAAGGCCCCACAGUGUCACCAACUCAAUCAAAAGCUAGAGAAAAAAAGAUCUUUUAGAAGAACCAUGUAAAGAAGAACAAAUAAAACUUCCAGUUUCUUAAGUGUUACCUUUGAAUUACUGCUGUUCAAACUCAUUGAGAUGCUGCGCUAUGUAUCAGAGAAAGAAAACGUUUCAUAUAUAAAUAAAAUAUAUAUAUACAUAUUUUAUAAAUAUUUUAUGUAAAAUACAUAAAUAAAUACAAAUAAACAAUCCCUUAUGACAAUGAAAAAUAUCUUCCACGUCUUCGUUAUUUCAGCAGAUGUUUCAAGACUCCUGUAAUUGCUCUGUACUUCUAACACUUCAGCUUAUUUCUGGCCUGGUAUUUUAUUUCAGCAUUGGAUUCUAGAGCAAGGGGACCCCCAGCUGAGUUUUACAGUACCUGUGGAGUAAGCUGCUACUGCCACCUUGGGGAGGAUUCUUUUCAUGUACUUCAAGGAGACUAAGCAAAUGUCAUAAAACAAUUUGAUUUUUUCCAUCAUGCCUUGCUUGGAAGAUGACUUCUUAAAAUCCAUUGUCCAUGCUGACAUAUGACAGGAUGCCUCUGGAAUGUCUUGAGUUAUACUACACUAAAAAUAUUAAUGGAAAGAAACUGCAUUUUUUGGUGGGGAAGAACAGUCAGGUAACUUUUAGCUAACAUUUAAACACUGCCUUGCUUACAGCGUUCUUAAUUUUAUCGCAGUUUUGCCAGUGUAAGAGCCCUAAUCUACCUAAAGCUGAACAAACUGUAUUUCACAUACAAGACUCCAUUUCUCCUGCAAUUCUAGCUUUCCUGAUAUUUUGAAUCAAUCCUUCCUUGAUCAUGCACAGCUUAAACUGUCUCCCUGGCAGGCUACUACGUGGCUGCUUGGAUGACGUAUACUGCCUUAGCUCUAAUGAGAGGCAUUACUAUGCACAAGAACAGCCUAACAAAUGUGCUGAACUAGAUCGGGACAAUUUAAUCAAAUUCGAGACUUCUAGUCAAAUCAAGUGAAGCAUCCAGAUUUUUAUUUGGAAUAUCCAUAGUUCUAUGAGACCGACCUACUCUUGGUUUUCAAGUGUCACCCUAUAAGCACUCUUCUUCAAUUCUGCUUUCAGCAGCAGAGAAAGGAACCUCGCUAUACACUUUUAUAUAAAGAGAGAACCUGUGUAGGACUUGAGUUGUAUGCAUCUGCAUUGUUAACCUUCACACUGGGCUCUCCUCAGUAGGAACUGUAGGAGCAGUAGGUGCCACAGCUAUUUAUACAAGGAAAGAUUUAAUAUCUCACCUCUCAUCAAAAUAGGCAAGUUGAAGAACAGGAGGCUGUCUAAAGGCAACUAACUUGUGUACAUGCUCUUAAAAAUACAGAGCAACAAAAUUUCUACGCAGUUGUCUAAAGCCAGGCAACACAAAAUAACUCAAUCAUGAAGAAUAAUGUGAGCUUACCCUAGGAGGCUCUUAAGGCACCAUUAGCUUCUACCCUCAGCCAAAACACUAGCUGUGCCUGUCGCACCACAGUGGAACUCAGACUUCUGGAAGAACCGAAGCCUUAACUACACUGCUGCAGGCCGAAGCAGACCUUGUACUGCAUUAAACCGUGACUUAGGAGCUCCCACAUAGAGCUACAUUUUGGAUAAAAACGUUAUCCAAAUGAGCUCUGGAAAGCGUCUUCACUUUUCUUCUCACCACAGAAAGCCUACAUACCACAGUCUCCUUCUUUGAUUACCAGAUUCUUGGAUUAAACACAUCUCUCUUUCAACCUAGAAUUUAUGGUCAGAGAGGAGCUACAGCUGAACUCUUCUCUGCAAGCAGACAAGCACUCUUCUGUUCUGCUACCAGAAACCAGUCAUUAAAACACAAAUGUAGAUUUAUUUCCCACUGUGGCAUAGAAAUAAAAAUUAGUUACAUUCUUACCUGUGGUAAAAAACCUAAAAAAUAAGUGAUAGGUCUUUUCCGGGAUAUCUUUUUACCUUUACUUUUAGCGCUACUGUAGCAUGGCAAAGAAUUACGCUAUCAAGCAAAACAUACCAAGCACAGCAUGCGAUCAAAGAAAGGAUUACACCUAUCUAGCCAACAGCAAAUGAGCACAAUUGACACUGGUGCCAGUCUUCUUCAAUUUUCUUCUAGAUUCACAAAUGACUUCUGUGUUUUAUUCUAUUUUCAGAUUAUUUUAAUCUACCUUUUUAGAGAAAUAGUUUUACAUCUGUAUAAGGUUGAUGCUGUAUUUUGAAAAUACUGCAACUAUUAAUGCAUUAUAAGAAUAAAAUAAAGUGCACACACUCUUCAGAUACAUAUAUGUACACAUUCAAGAACCUAAUACCUCCAUUAUCUCUCUCACAUUAAACUGCUGGUAGAAAUUAAGCAACUUUCAAAAAUACCCACUUUAUAUACAAAACUGUAUUUGCAUCAGACAGUGCUAAGUACUAACCGAAAAACAAAAUGAAUGAGGAUCUAUCAGUAACAGAUUAACCAGAUUAAUGUGUACGUAACAGUCUCAGUGUGGUACGCUGCUGCUGUAAGUUUCAAAGUUCAUGUAUGAACUUCUUGCUCAGCACACACGGUCUAUGAAUGAAGCUUGAAUUAAAAAAAAGACUUUCAGAAAAUAUAAGAAUGCCCUUUUGGAUCAUUAUCAUUAUCUAUUGCAGUUUUAAUGGAGGUUGACAAAAGCUAACAGCUUCUUAACUGUUCUCUGCUGCAGAAGCACUCCUUUAAAAGCUACUUCACAUCCCAGCCGGCCCCUCAAAAAAACAGGUAAAGAUAUGAAGUCAUGUAGUAACAACAGCACGCAGUUAUCACUAUUCUAACUUCAUCCUCCCCUAGUUUUUCUCCUUCUUUAUCACAUUCUUCUGCAUUUUCCACAGCUGUUUCUCAGCUCCUUUUUGCUCUGUUCUUUUUGCCCAUCCUUAGCUUUAUCUGCCUCACAACGUUCCUAAAUCUCUUCUGAAAUUUGACAGCUCUUCAGCUUCCAUCAGUGCAGAAGCACAGCCUAUCAGGCUGCUUUCCAUGCCAGGGGGUUUUGCCUCUUCUGAGUGGGAGACUGGAGGACAACAAAGAUCUUGAAUCAGAGAUAUGCAUGAGGUGCAUUGAAUGUCUAGAACAUACAGUCCUUAAAGAUUUUAGGCAAGGACAGGCACUCAAGAGACUGAAUUCUUACAUUGUUGCUGGAUUGUUUAAGUCUAAAACAGCACAAGUUAUUCCAUCUUCAUUUAAUGGCAGGCUUGCAGAUAAAAACCAAAGACAAUGGCAGACAGCAAUGAGAUGACAAUCAACCUUGUCGUCCUUGGAAGAACUCAAACUGGCAAAAGUGCUGCUGGGAACAGCCUGCUAGGCAGCUUGGACUUCGAAAGCCAUCUCUCCCCAAGCUCAGUGACCACUUGUUGCAGUCUUGGGCACAGCUGCCGUAUUUUGGGGAUUACACGAAGAAAUGGCUGUGAGCUAGCUCUCCGCGUUCGGGUACUUGACACUCCAAGCUACCCUCACAGCAGCCUGAGCAAAGAGCAGGUGAAACACACAGUGAGAUCUGCCCUGGCUCACCACUUCAGGGAGGAAGGUCUGCAUCUUGCUCUUUUAGUCCUGAGGGCUGACUUGCCUCUGUGUCCGGAUGAAAAUGAUCAAACAACUCAGUUCAUCCAGGAACUUCUAGGUCCCACAUGGAAGGAUUUCACUGCAGUUUUACUUACUCACGCUGACAAGGCAGAAGCAGCUGGAUUCAGUGAGGAAGCAUAUUUGCACAAAGCUUCAAGUACCCUGUUGUCACUACUGAGCUCAGUACAGAAUAAAUAUAUUUUCCUAGACAACCAGAAGAGCAUAAUUAAAGAGGAAAGAACUACUGUCUUAAGAAAGCUCUUAAAUUUUAUAAGACAAAAUAAUUCUCGAGUACUACUUAAACAUGACAAGGAAUAGAAUUAGCUUUCAGGUGCUCAUUUGUCUAUUUUCUACGCUGUAUAACAUCUAAUAAAAUAGUAGAUAAGACAGCAACUUGAAUCUUCAAGACCCCUACCAAACACCUCUGAACAUACAUCUGGAAAUCUCUCUUCAGAUUACCAAACUACAUGCCCUCCAUAGAGUACCUCACACUACUGAAUCCAGAAUCCUAGUUUCAACCACAUGAGAACAAGCUAGUACUCAAAAUCAUGCUCCUAAUACCAGUGCAGUCAGUAAUAAGAUUUUAUGCUACACCUUAUUAUAAAUUGCAUUUCAUACACAACACAGAUCUGGAAAAAAAAUUAAAAAAAAAAAAACACACUAAAAAAAGCUUUCCAGUAUUAAAACUUAAGAUUUACCUACUAUAAAGGUUUUUUUUUUUUUUUUUUUUUUUACUUU